AUGGAGCUACUCCAGAGAUUCCGCCACGCCAUAUUGUCGAGAACGACCAAACCCACACGCAGAUCCUUCGAUGCCCCGAAACCCAAGACAUGGGACUACUACGUCCUCUUGGCCAUCCUGGUCUUGCCAGUUCGAUGCAUCGUGUACUUGGCGCCAGUCGCGCUCUUGGCUCUUACGGCGGACCAGUGGCAGUGCCUUGGGCCAUCAAAAGUGAGCCCGUGGGUGGCGUUGCCAUUGAUCUUGUAUUGCACGACCGAGGUUGUGUUUUCUCUAUACCAUCACCACUGGAAGAUGUCGUUGGCCGCAACCCAGUCAAAUCCUCCACAAGUGCGGAAGAAUUUUGCAACUCAUGCACAGCCAUCGGUGGGGCUUCUCGAGCGUUGUAUGGCAGACAUUCCAGACGUGAAAGCGUUUGUGGAGGAGUGGUUUUACGGCACGCCAUUUGAACAGCUGACAAGACAUGACCUCCGACGGUGGCUUGCGUACGUGUUGUACUCGCACGACGUCUCGUCCGAUUGCGUAGAGUACAACUGGGCAGAUAUUGACACAAUGGUUGACCAACUCUACGCGCAAGCGGGAGUUCGAGAACGUCCCAAGUCGCUGGACACUGCAGCUAGAAACCCGUGCAUUCGCCACACCAUCGAUGCAUUUGAGUGCAUGGAGCGCCCGCUGAUUGCAUACGUCGUUACAAUGGGCAUGGACGUGCUGGCGGGAUUGAUCCUGUCCCAGCUCGGCUUUCAACGGCACGUGGUGGGAAGGGGCUGCACCUACUGGCAUCGCACGGCUAUCCUCACCCCAGCCGUGCCUCAAGAACCUGUGGUGUUUGUCCACGGCAUUGGAUCUGGGCUGCUCAUGUAUGUUCCGAUGCUACUGCAACUGGCAGCGGAGUGCUCGACACGGCAGCUCUUUUUGUUUGAGCUGCGAUAUGUCUCGAUGCAGCUGGAAGCAACCGUCCCGUCGCAGGACGAUACCCUCGGGGCGAUUUCACACAUGCUGCGAGCCCACCGAGUUGAGUCGGCUCACUGGAUGGGCCAUUCCCUCGGGACAGUCGUGUGCAGCUGGGUGUGCAAAGAGGCGCCCCAGAGGGUCUCCCAAGUCACGUUGAUUGACCCGGUGGUGUUUUUGCUCUGUCGACGGGAUGUGGCAUACAACUUUUUGUACCGCGAGCCUGCCACGGGGCUCCAAGUUAUCAUGUGGUACUUUGUGUCGCAAGAAUUGCACAUUGCGCACGCCAUUCGCCGCCACUUUUGGUGGUACAACAAUAUAUUGUUUCCCGAAGAAUUGCCCCGCCAUCGUGAGACGCAUGCGGUGGCUGCGUCCAUCUUCCUGUCGAGCUCAGACCAAAUCACGGACGCUCCAACUGUCCACGCACUGCUCCAGCGCGGUGUCCAGCUCGCUGACGGACGCGAUGCACCGAUUCAAGUGACGCUGUGGUCGGGCCUUACGCAUGGCGAAAUGCUCCUUCGACCUCACUACUACUCGAUGGCGCUGGCGUCUGUGAGAUCGUAGUGGGGGAUGUUUUCAACGCUUGUGCGACCAACUCAAUUUCAAGUCAAUGCAACACACUGGGUUUAU